AUAUUACUCGGGAACACCAAUACAAGCAGAAGAGAGAGUUCUCAUGGAAGCUGAUAUUGCACGAAAAUGCUUGAAACGAAGCGAUGUUCAGAAUCAUCUUUCUAUUUUAGAACUAGUUCAAGCUUAUGUUGAAAUAUUGAAUACUUAUUUUGACAACGUGUGUGAAUUAGAUAUAAUGUUCAAUAUUGAAAAGGUUCACGUUAUUCUUGAGGAAAUGGUAUCAAAUGGUCGUAUUGUAGAAACUAAUAAGCACAAUGUUUUAGCACCAGUUUUGGAGAUGAAUAAGUCUUCAAGAUGA